AUGCCAGACAUUCCUGAGAUCCCGAAUGAUUUAAAAAGUGAACUCGGAUCAGAAACCUUGGCCACAGAAUCUAGGCUGGAUGAUUUUCUGUCAAGGCCAAAGUCGAGGGAUUCUUGGAGAGGGCCUUCUAGCCAUGGGCCUCAGGACAUCAACAACAUCGAUGAGUGGGACAAAUGCAUAAGAGACGCAGAGGAAGCCUGGAAAGCUUUCGAGGGCCCUGAGGAUCAGAAAGUUAAGCUAGCCGCUACAGCAUUGCACUUGUACAAGUUGCUUCUAGCGCGUUUUCCUUUUCUUACUGAACUGUGGAGACGUUUCCUGAUAUUCACUUACAAGGUAAGUGGGCUACGAGAUUCAAUAGCGGUUUUUCGAUUGGCAACAGAAGAAUUCUCGCAGAGUGUGAGUCUAUGGGUAGAAUAUCUUGAAGCUCUUCUAAGUGCUGGCGAAGAGUACGCAGAUGCUCAUGGCAUCGACAAGGAGUUUAUCAGGGCUGAACGUUGCAUAGGGCAUAACUUUAACUCAGAUCCGUUUUGGGACUUGUAUAUUAGCCACACCUCCAAGAAGGAUGACCCAAAGCAUCUACUAGACUUAUAUUUGACCCUUAUUCGCAUUCCCUUAUAUCAGUAUGCUCGCUACUACAAUCAGUUCACGGAGAUGAAUAAGGUGUUUGACGUAUCUGAGAUAAUUACCGAUGAGGUUCAGCUCAAUGAACGACUCAAAGCGUUCGGGAAAAAAUCUGCCUCCGAAUUGUCAGCCUUGGAGAAGCAACAAAUCAUCGAUAACUAUACGAAUAGCAUAUUUACAGAAACUCAACGACAAGUGAAUGAGAAAUGGAAAUUUGAGUCAGCAUUAAACGUUCAAGACUUCUAUCCUUCGUUAGCGUCUGAGAUUGCCGAGCCAUGGCUCACUUAUCUUGAUCAUGAAGUGAACAUUUUGAAGAGUUUGGUUGACGGAGAGCGAAAGGGACAUCAUUGUCGCAUUGUCAAAAAUCUAUUCGAACGUUCUAUAGUGCCAAACUGCUUCAGCAAGAGAAUUUGGUCGAGGUAUGUGGAGUUUGCGCAAUCCUAUUUAGAGUUCGAGGAAACAAAAGCUAUCUACGACAAAGCUGUUUUUAAAUUUGUUCCCCUUGACGAACCUGAGAUCAGAAUGAAGUACAAGAGCUUCUUAAUGGACCAUGGCAAGUUCGACACAUGCAACGAAUAUAUAUUUGAUCUUUUGAAGAUAUAUUCGGGGUCCACGGGCUCCCAUAUCUAUGCGAAGAACGCAUACGUCUAUUCUUUGCGACUCCUAAUGGAACUUUGGACAGAGAGCGUAGACCACAAAUCACUAGAGUCGGCACUCGAGUCUAUAGUCUUUGGAUAUUUCGAUAAGGUCGACAGAUACAGAAAGUCAACAUCACCUGCUGAAACCCAAAACGAUGUGAAAGCCAAAUACGAUCUAAAGCAGGUCUUCAUAACCCUUCUUGCCAAAUUGGUCAAUGAUGAUGGUAUGUCCGUAGUGACAGUUGCCUACCUCAAAUUACUUGAGGCAGCGGGAGAUGCAGUCAAGAUCAGAACAUUUUUCAACAAGUAUGCCCAGGAAUUCGUCUUUUCUUAUUCAGUACAGUUCUGGAAAUUUUUUGUCGAGUUUGAGGGCUAUAAUCAGGUCAACUUGAUCAAUUUAAGAAGUAUUAUUAACUACAUCAAGGAAAGGUCAUCUCUCCCCCAGAGAGCCGUUGAGGCAUUUCUUGACAUUUAUCAUGAAGUUAUUUGCGAUAACUUGAAAAUGGCAAUGAUCCUUAAGGGCCCCAAUAAUGAAGACCUACAUGACACAUUAAUUUACCACGAUUUAGAGAAAUCUCAUGGCGUUUUCGGGAAUGCAAGUGCGGCAAGACGAAUGGCGAACAACAACUCAUACAUCCGUGAUUUGGAGGCGCAGAGGUCCGCAAAGAACAAUUCAAGCCACUACUCACCAUCAAAUUUCAAUAGAGAGCAAGAGUAUCGCAGAUUUGCAAAGAGACAUGUCAUUCACCCUGGCAUUUUUCAGGAUAUACCAGAAAAGAUCUCGCCUACAGAAGACGAAAAAUUUAUAUCACUCUUGGAUGACAAUGCGAAAAUUCCUCCUCCACCCAAAUACAAAAAUGUUGACAAAGCAUUCGGUCCCGUGAAGUAUCCAGAAGAGUAA